CAAGAGCAAGCGAGGCCCGCGCCCGCGCACGCCCCCCCCCCCCCCCCUUGCGCGUGCACGACGUCUUGCACGUUAUUAAUGAGGUCGGCGGACGACAACAGCUGCUUGCCAUUCAGGACAGCUCCAGAAGUUUUUUUAACUCAGCCCCUUUCUUCACACUCUUCGGUUGUCGAGAUUUCCUGUGCGCACGCGCAGAAAGGAGGAGAGGAGGGAGAAAGAGAGAGAGAAAGGGAGAGAGAGGGAGGGAGGAUGUAGACGCGCCGCGCGCGCACCGCUGGAAGGAGAAGACGACGACGACGAGGAGGCUGAAGGCCGGGCCGUUAGGGUUCUUUCUCGCGUCCACAUCUGGAUUAACAAUUUAGACUUUUGGAAUCUCCGCUCGAGUUUUUGGUGCUCGACUAUGUGUCCUCUCAAAUGGGUGCCAACAACGGAAAACUGUAUGGAAGCGAGGGGAAAGGCAGCUCCAGCAUCUCAUCCGACAUAAGUUCCAGUACGGAUCGCACGCCCACCAAAGCUCCCAAGAAUGCGACUCCCGGCGAAGGUGCGGAUUCCAGCACAAGGACGGCGAGUCCGGGCCUCAAGUCGUCGUCUCUGUCCUCUCCGGCGCUGUCCAGCAACGGCCACGACAGCAACUCCACGUCGUCGUCGUCGGCCGCCGCGUCCGAGACGGUGGCUGUGGUCCACCCACAGCCAGGCUCCCGAGGCCGCACCUGCAGGGGCCACUGCCCCGCCGACCUCCUCCCUGACAGCGUCCUGCUGCGGAUCUUCUCGCACCUUUCCACCAACCAAGUGUGCCGCUGCGCCCGCGUAUGCCGCCGCUGGUACAAUGUAGCCUGGGACCCGCGGCUAUGGCGCAGCGUGCGGCUGGCCGGCGAGCUGCUGCAGGCCGACCGCGCCGUGCGGGCGCUGACCCGCCGGCUGUGCCAGGACACGCCUAACGUGUGCCUGGCCUUGGAGACGGUGGUGGCGAGCGGCUGCAAGAGGCUGACAGAUCGCGGGCUACACGCGCUGGCCCAGUGCUGCCCGGAACUGCGCCGCCUGGAGGUGGCCGGCUGCUACAACAUCUCCAACGAGGCCGUGUUUGAGGUGGUGUCGCGAUGCCCCAAUUUGGAGCACCUGGACCUGUCAGGCUGCUCCAAGGUGACGUGCAUCAGCCUGACCCGCGAGGCGUCGCUGCAGCUGUCCCCCCUGCACGGCCAGCAGAUCUCCAUCCACUACCUGGACAUGAGCGACUGCUCCUGCCUGGAGGACGAGGGUCUGCGCCUCAUUGCGGCGCACUGCCCCCGCCUGACACACCUCUACCUGCGGCGCUGCGCGCGGCUUAGCGACGAGGCGCUGCGCCACCUGGCCCUGCACUGCCCGUCCAUCCGCGAGCUCAGCCUGAGCGACUGCCGUCUGGUGGGUGACUUUGGCCUGCGCGAGGUGGCCCGCCUGGAGGGCUGCCUGCACUACCUGAGCGUGGCCCACUGCGCGCGCAUCACCGACGUGGGCAUGCGCUACGUGGCGCGCUACUGCCCCAAACUGCGCUACCUGAACGCCCGCGGCUGCGAGGGCCUGACGGACCAGGGCCUGGGCCACCUGGCGCGCAGCUGCCCGAAGCUCAAGUCGCUGGACGUGGGCAAGUGCCCGCUGGUGUCCGACGGCGGGCUGGAGCAGCUGGCCCUCUACUGCAGCGCCUUGCGCCGCGUCAGCCUGCGGGCCUGCGAGAGCGUGACGGGACGCGGCCUGCGGGCGCUGGCCGCCAACUGCUGCCAGCUGCAGCUUCUCAACGUGCAGGAGUGCGAGGUGUCGCCCGAGGCGCUGCGCUUCGUGCGACGACACUGUCGCAAAUGCGUCAUCGAGCACACCGACCCCGCCUUCUAUUGACAAACGACUGACGGACUCCCGCUAUACGCGGAAUGUAUCGAACAUAUAUAUUUAUCUGUGAAUAUACACAGCAAAGGAGAAGCCAGUGGUGCCUUGAGAUACCGAUGACCCCUCCCGUCUGGAUUUUUAGCUUUGACUUUAAAGUGUAAACUUGACGUCGGCACUAAUGCAUCGCUAGCGGGACCUAUUCGUGACAAAGUACCCUAAAGCCUGAACCAAAUGUCGCAGAGUUGACGUCUGCAAGCAAUAUAACCAGAUAGCUGCUGCCUUCUAGCGGCGCAGGUCUGAAGCGCACUUGUAGUUGCAUCUCAACUUCAAUUUCAGCCGGUCGACCUUCCUGAAAUGUUAAUCGUUUAUAUUUCUCCGGAUUUCUUUAGAUUUAAGCUUCAGCAGCGAACGCUUGCCCGCGUGUUGUAGAUAUUAUAGCAGCAAGGGGACGUUUUUUUUUUUUUUUUUUAAUAACCGGACAGCAAUGACGUCACAAUUCUUUGUUUUUUUGUUG